AUGGCUGGUGUGCCUUCCCUUACCACAACCUUCCCCGUCCGGCGAGGGGAGCGGCAGCUUGUGUCCCCGGCGAGGCCGACGCCGUACGAGUUCAAGAUGCUCUCCGACAUCGACGACCAGGACGUCCUCCGUUUCUACCGCUCCGGCGCCUUCUUCUACCGCAGCAACGCCUCCGCCAUGGCGGGGCUUGACCCCGUGGAGGUCAUCAGGUCCGCCCUCUCGGAGGCGCUCGUGCACUUCUACCCCCUCGCCGGCCGCUUCCGCGAGCUCCGGCCCACGAGGAAGCUCGUGGUGGAGUGCACCGGCGAGGGGGUCGUGUUUGUGGAGGCCGACGCCGACGUCCGCAUGGAUGACCUCGGCGACUUCCUUGCGCCGCCCGUGCCGUGCUAUGACAAGUGGCUGUGCGAACCCGAGUCUCCCACAGCUGAUGUCGUCGACCGUCCCCUCCUCUAUGUUCAGGUGACGCGACUGAAGUGUGGUGGCUUCAUCUUCGCGUUCCAGAUAUGCCACUGCAUGGCGGACGGCAUCGGGACCGUCCAGUUCCUGACGGCACUAACCGAGUUCGUACGGGGCGUGCCGGGUGCGCCCACCCUCUGCCGGAGGCCGUUCCGCUACGCGCUGCAGCUGCUGCUGGAGGCCAAGGCGCGGGCGUCGCGGGAAGGGUACGUGCAGUCGGUGGCCGGCUUCAACGCGGCGCGCAGGAGGCCGCCGUUCCCCAAGGCGCGGACGUACCUCAUCUCCGACGUUACUCAGGCGGGGAUGCUGGCGGUGGACUUCGGGUGGGGAAGGCCGGUGUACGGAGGGCCGGCCACCAUAAUGCUGGCCUCGUUCCACCAGGAAGGGAGGAACGAAGCCGGUGAGCCGGGCAUCGUCGUGCCGAUAAGGCUGCCGGCUCCGGCGAUGGAGAGGCUAAAGCGAAACGUCAGGAAGGGACUGGGUGCGCAUGUUGACGUCGAAACGAAAACGACUGCGGACGAGACAAACUCAAACAUGCACGGUGGCGCUCCUGUUUUGGCGAAACUGUAG